AUGUUGCUUGAUCCAAUCCAUGGAUGGAAGAAACUCUACUGGUGGUUUCCAGUGGACCAGUGUGAUGAGCAUGCGGAGUGUGGAGCCUUUGGAGUUUGCAAUACCAGUGACUCAUCUGUGUGCAAGUGUUUGAGAGGGUUUGUGCCCAAGUCACCAGAAAAAUGGGCUCUUAGAGACUUCUCUGAUGGCUGUGUGCGGAGAACAGCAUUGGAUUGUGGAAGAGGAGGGGAUGGGAUUCUAAAGUGUGAUGAGCAUGCGGAGUGUGGAGCCUUUGGAGUUUGCAAUACCAGUGACUCAUCUGUGUGCAAGUGUUUGAGAGGGUUUGUGCCCAAGUCACCAGAAAAAUGGGCUCUUAGAGACUUCUCUCAUGGCUGUGUGCGGAGAACAGCAUUGGAUUGUGGAAGAGGAGGGGAUGGGAUUCUAAAGGUGACUGGACUGAAGUCGCCGAAUACUUCAAAAUCUAGAGUAGAUCAAAACAUGAGCCUUAAUGAUUGUUGA